AUGCUAUGUUCUAUUUUCUUCAAGAGUGAAUUAACAGAUUUGGGUGUUUGUGUAAAAAAUGCACGGAAAAAUUAUGGUCAUUGGUGGAAAUCAAUAACAGUUUUACGUGAUAUAAAUAUUACUGUUCCAACAGGAAUAAUAUAUGGUUUAUUGGGUAAACGACCAGGUAGCCAUGGACAUGAAGUUCCUGGUCGCUCCGUUGGUUAUAUGCCACAAGAAACAGCACUUUAUAAGAAUUUUUCAAUAUCAGAAAUGCUUCAUCAUUUUGGUCGUCUUCAUAACAUGAGUCGAAAAGAUAUUUUAGCUCGCGAAGAGUUUCUUAUUUCAUUUCUUGAUUUACCCUCAAGAUCAAGAAAUGUUUCACAAUUAAGUGGUGGUCAACAACGUCGUGUAUCAUUAACAUGUGCUCUUCUUCAGCAACCUCAAUUAUUAAUUCUUGAUGAGCCAACUGUUGGAGUUGAUCCUUUACUUCGAGAAAAAAUCUGGCGUCAUCUUAUAAAUAUAUCAAAAACAAAUAAAACAACAAUCAUAAUAACAGCUCAUUAUAUUGAAGAAGCAGGAAAAGCUGAUCGCGUUGGACUUAUGCGAAGUGGGAAAAUGUUACCGGAGCAUGAACCAUCUAGUAUUCUGAACAAAUAUAAUCAAACAAGUUUAAAAAAUGUUUUUCUUCAAUUAUGUUAUCAAGAUCAAAAUCGAAUUCAGCAACACGUUUCAAUGAAUCGAAUCGAUGAUGAUAAAGAUACUGAUAUACCUAAUGAAAUUGACAAUGAAGAAGAACCUUCUAUCUCUCUUGAUGUAUCAAACUGUAGCAAUGAACAAGAACUUUUGAUACCGAAAAAGCAGAAAAGAAAAUUUGAAAAAAAUCGUAAUGCUGAACAUAUUCCAAUGGCACUUUAUAAUAGUGAAGCAGUAAAUGGAUUCCCAACAGGAUAUUUAAGUUUACAAAUUAUAAAUAAAUUAAAUCCCGAUCAAAUUCAUUUAAUAUGUUGA